AUGCUGAAUUUUAUGCGUUCCCUAGUGACGAAGAGGUGUGCCUCCACAGGAGCAUACCCUGGAUCCACCAGAAUCUCCUUACCAAAGAGACCAAUGAAAAAAAUCCGUGUUGGGAAGGCAAGACCCGCCAUAUACCACCAAUUUAACGUAAAGAUAGAAAUGAGUGAUGGUAGUGUUGUUCUUCGAAGAUCACAAUUUCCUAAGGAUGAAAUAAGACUGAUUCAAGAUCAAAGGAACAAUCCCUUAUGGAAUCCAAGCAGAACCGAUUUGGUGGUACUAGACGCGAAUGCAGGAAGUAGUCUGGAUAAAUUCAAACAAAGAUACAGCUCAAUAUUUACAUUAGAGGAUGAUUCUAAACAACAGGAAGUUCCAUCUCCAAGCAAAAAGGAACCAAUUUCAACGAAAACGACCGAAGAAGAUGCGAAAAUUGAACCUGAAUCUGAACUUAGCGACCAGGACGUUUUUGCUGCCGAUGAUUAUCUAUCGAUAUUAGAUGAUAAUUCUCAACAGAUUAAGACGGGUAAACUUGCCAUGAAGAAGAAGCCAAAGAAGAAAUAG